GAAAACCCGUUAGCUGUCGUUCGCAUAGACGUCUAUCUUCUGUACGGUGUUCGGUUAGUGUGUUCAAUACGUCCGGUAUACCCGUGCGAAACUUUUAAUUGUUUACAUUUAAUUUUUAUGAUCGCACGGAAAAAUGUUUUAAAAGUUAAGCGUUAAAUUGCGUGUAAAUGAUUUUUAAAUUUGAUUCGUCCGUGUUACAGUUACCAAAAUUUCAAAUUAAUUUUGUUUAAUUUGGUUGAAUUUUGUAUUUUUUUUUUUAUUAGCUAGUAGUAAUUAUUGAAACUACAUUCGUAGGAAAUUACUAAUAAAUAAAUUAUGGCUUGUGGAAUUGAGUUUAUUGAUAAAUGGCUAACAAAAGCUUUCUACAGAUUAGGUCUAACAGUGGCUCGACAUCCAGGAUACUUUUUAAUAAUACCAUUACUCUUGACUAUUAUUUGCAUCACAGGUUUUCAAAGAAUACACUUUGAAAUAGACCCAGAAUAUUUGUUUAGUCCAGAAAAAGGACCCGGUAAAACAGAACGGGCAAUUAUUGAAAGCAAUUUCAAAAUGAACUACUCUUCACUUUUUAAUCCUACGCGAAUAACAAGACCAGGACGAUUUGGUCGUAUAAUUGUUAUACCUAAAAAUGGCGACAAUAUGUUAUCGGCUGAAAUAUGGAAAGAACUUCGAAUAUUAGAUGAAAUAGUAAGAAACGCCACAGUAAUUUGGGGACCAGAGAAUUCUGUCUAUAAGUAUGACGAUAUUUGUGCUCGGUGGAUCGAUCAAUGUUUUCCUAAUGAUAUUUUAAAUCUUGAUUAUAUAAUUGAUGAUAUAGUCAAUGGAUCAGUAAAGCUAACAUUUCCUAUUACAUUUAACCCAAUUACUUGGGAUGCACAUACUUUUCCUAUCUUUUUUGGACGUACUAAAUUUAAUGAAGAUGGUGUCAUAACUAGAGUACCUGCUUUACAGCUUGUUUACUUUGUAACUGCUGAUACAAAAUAUCAAGAACAAAGAGGUUCUUUAUGGGAAGAUGCAUUCCUUGAAGCUGUCGGCAGAGCUGAAAGUUCGGAAAGAUUUAAAUACAUAUCGACAGCACGUUUUGCGUCUCGAACUUUAGACAUUGAACUAGAAAAUAAUACAAGGACCGUAAUACCAUACUUUUCAUCAGCGUUUAUUUUGAUGGCAGUUUUCUCAGUAGUUACUUGUAUGAUGACUGAUUGGGUACGGAGCAAACCAGUAUUGGGAUUGAUGGGUAACGUGUCCGCGGCAAUGGCUACUGUAGCUGCUUUUGGGUGUGCCGUUUACAUGGGUAUACCGUUUAUUGGCAUUAAUUUUGUAUCUCCAUUUCUCAUGUGUAGCAUAGGUAUUGAUGAUACAUUCGUAAUGCUGGCUGCGUGGAGACGUACCCCUGUAACAUUAGAUGUUCCAGAAAGACUUGCAAGGACUCUUUCCGAUGCCGCUGUGUCUAUAACUAUAACUUCAGUCACAGAUAUUGUCAGUUUUUGUAUAGGUAAAUUCAGUCCUUUCCCAGCCAUUCAAAUUUUCUGCUUAUAUUCAGGUUUUGCUGUGUGCUUUAUUUUUGUGUGGCAUCUGACAUUCUUUGCUGCAUGUAUGGCAAUAGCAGGGUAUGCAGAAAAGAGUAACCGACAUUCAAUCACCUGCAUGAAAGUCAAACCUAAUUCUUUAUCAAAUAAAGAAUCGUGGUUAUAUCGAAUAUUUUGCGCGGGUGGAAUCAAUCCACAAGAUCCAGAUAACCUUCUGGACAAUCCAGAAAACGCUAUAAUGGAAUGGUGUCGUGAUAGCUUAGGUUGGGCUUUGAAUCAAUGGUAUAUGAAAAUCCUAGUUAUACUAGCUUUUGCUGGAUAUUUAGCAGGGGCCAUAUAUGGUACUACAACUAUACAAGAAGGUUUGCAGAGAAAUAAGUUAUCUCGACCCGAUUCAUAUUCUAUUGAAUUCUAUGAAAGGGAUGAUUUUUACUUCAGGGAAUUUCCAUAUAGAAUUCAGGUGGUAAUUAAUGGUGAAUUAGACUACUGGAAUGUUGAAGUUCAAAAUCAAAUAGAAAACUUGACUGAAGCUUUCGAAAGUUCACGUUUUAUAUCUAAUCCAAUAUAUACAGAAUCAUGGAUUCGUUCGUUUUUAAAUUACAUAGAUAGAAAUCAAGAGGAACUUAACAUAACGAUCGACACAAGGGAGUCCUUUAUAAAAACAUUAACUGAGUUAUGGCUAUUUAAUCCUAAUCCUUUCUCGUUGGAUGUGAAAUUCAAUGAAGACAAGACUACUAUUAUAGCUUCCCGUCUUAUGAUUCAAGCUGUAAACAUUAGUAAUGCAAAUAUAGAAAAAGAUAUGGUAAAAGAAUUGAGAAGAAUUGCGCACGAGUCUCCGUUGAACGUUACAGUUUUUCAUCCAUACUUUGUGUUUUUCGAUCAGUUUGAACUUGUGCGCCCUACAUCCAUUCAGUCAAUGUUGGUUGGUGGUGCAACUAUGAUGCUGAUUUCAUUUUUGUUUAUACCAAACAUAUUAUGUUCGUUGUGGGUGGCAUUUUCAAUAGUAUCCAUUGAACUUGGAGUUGUCGGAUAUAUGGCUCUUUGGAAUGUUAAUUUGGACACAAUUUCCAUGGUAAACCUUAUAAUGUGUAUAGGAUUCUCAGUAGAUUUUACCGCACAUAUAUGUUAUGCAUAUAUGUCUUCUGAAGCAACUUCACCAAAAGAUCGGGUACGGGAAAGUUUAUACGCACUAGGAUUGCCUAUUAUCCAAGGUGCUAUAAGUACUAUUCUUGGUGUAGCAGCGCUAAUUCUAGCUGGUAGUUAUAUAUUUAUGGUUUUCUUUAAGAUGAUAUUCUUAGUGAUUGUUUUUGGAGCAUUGCAUGGAAUGCUACUUUUACCAGUACUCUUAUCAUUAUUUGGCCCAGGAGCCUGUUGUACUAGUAGUAAAAGAAAAAGGCAAUCAAUAAUUCACCAAUCAUUUUUUAAUUCUUACUCUAUACCGCAUCCAUCAUUGCAUCAUCCUCUUAAUUCUAUUGAUGGAAGCAAAAUAAUUAAUUAUUAUGAUAAGCCUGUAAUAUCCAAAAUAGAAAAAGAUUUAGGCUUAGGAAUAUCUGAUGACACAAGUGAACAUAAUUCAUCAAAAUCACAAAAAAAACGUAGAGAAGCCGCCGAGGAAGAAUUACAACGACGUAAAUAUUUGGAUGGUUGGCGAAAAUCCUACAGACAAGAGAUUCCGUCAUCAAACAAAAUGAGUUAUCAUAAUAGCAUAUUUAUAAGCGACGAAAACAGACAUAAAAGUUAUGUCCCUAAGGACAUAAAUCAACCCGCACAAAAAAAUUAUCGUGACGAUCGACUCUCUAGGAAAAAUGGACAUUUUCACUGAUUUUAAUGUUAUUGAUUGAAUAGAAGUGUAAAUAAUCUUGUUUAAGUAAAUAAAUAUUCAUAGACAUAAGUUUGGGAACUUAGAAGGAUUUAGCUUCUCGAAAACUUGCUAUAGCCUCCUUAAAAUUUAGAAAUUAUAUGUAUUUUUAUGUAAAUAUAUUUUUUAUAAUUUAUGCCUAUGGUAUGUUUUAGUUUUAUAACAAUGUAAAAUAAUACAUAUAUUAUUACAUAUAUCUAUGUAAGUAUAUUCAUAAAUUUAUUAUCAACGAUUUUUAAUUUAAAUUAAACAUAAGAAUUUGCUCAAUGUUUUGUGAUACAAUAAUUAUA